AUGGAAAGGCCACUUUGGGUACGUUGGCUAAAAGUAUACGCAGUGGGAGGUGUAAUCAUCGGAACCGGAUUAUUGCUAUUCAAAUAUACAACACCCUCUGAUCAACAAUUAAUCGAUUCCCUCUCUCCACAACUUCGAUUACAAUAUGAACAGGAGAAGAAAUUACGUCAAGCUGAACAACAGGAAUUGAUGAAAGUCGUCCAAAAGACUGCGGCUAGCAAUGAUCCUAUUUGGAAGACUGGGCCCAUCCAAUCACCAUGGGAAACGAAGACAAGUUCAUUGAGUAUUGACGACAAAUUUCAGAAGGCUAAUGCAGAAGAAGCCCAAAGGAAUGAGUUGGCUAGGAUUAAGAAAGAAUUAAAUGAUCUGCAAGUGCAAAGUCAAAUGAAAACCAAAGAAAUUGUCGAUGAAAAAACUAAAAAUUGGUGGAAAUUCUGGUAA